AUGGGCCUAUCCAUGGAUUCUACACCUAAUUUCUGCUCCUUCUGUGUACUUUCUGUAUUUAUCACACUCUUUCUUGUUUUUGAAGUUCCCUGUGUCCAGUCUGAGGAUUUACAAGAUGAUAAAUUGACAGCUUCUCUGCAUUAUUUUGAGGUUUUACAUUCCCAUGAUGUGAGACAUAGAACAAAACGUUAUGUUGACCCAGAAAAUACAAAUGAUUUUCAUCAAGUAUGGAUAACUGCAUUUGGAAAACAGUUCCAUUUGUCUAUGAAGAAAUCCAUGAUUUUAUCCCACGACUUUCAUACUACGUUAAUCCACAGAAAUGGAUCUAGUCAAAAUGUUCAUAGCAAUUCUUAUGAUUUCUACUCAGGAACACUACAUGGUGAGGAGGAUACACUAGCCAAUGUAUACUGGGAGGAUGGUGUACCAACAGCUAGUAUUGUCACUGCUGAUGAGGUCUAUUUUGUCGAGCCUGCCGGUAGAUAUGCAUCAGCUGCCCACAAUCACACAUUGAUAGUCUAUAGAAAGUCUGAUCUGAAAGUGGCACAGGAUCCCUGGGACGGGCUAACAGGUAAACUGAAGACUUCGUGCAAACACCAGAGAAAUACAUCCACAGCAGAUUUGCAACAGAAUCAAGAGGAGAAAGGUCAGAGUCGUCGGAAGCGAGCUGUUGAUUUUGGGAAUCGUAAAUACUGUCGGAUUAUUUUGGUAGCAGACCAUUAUUUUCAUAAGCAUAUAGGCCACAGUUCCAUUCUUGCCACUCAAAACUACAUGAUUGGUGUAUUGGACAGAGUCAAUACAAUAUAUAAAGCUACCAGGUGGCCAGAUGACUCCGGCGUUAGUGGACUUGGAUUUGAAAUUAGCAAGAUAAUCAUCCACAUUGAACCUUCAGAGGGAAAGCAUUACAACCAGGCUAACCGACAGACAAAUAUGGAAGAAACAUUAGAUGAUUUUAGUGCUGAGUUUUUCCUGAACAGUGCCUGUCUCGUCCAUUUGUUUACAUCCUCAUCCUUCCAGCAAGGCCUUGGUCUCGCCUAUGUUGCAUCGUGGAGAAGUGGUGAAUUUGGCGGCAUGUGUUCUCCUACAAAUUACGAUUAUAAGAUAGCAGGAAACACUGGUCUGACCAGUUUGAGGAACAGAGCAGGGAACACAGUGUUAACUCUACAGUCAACCAUCACCACUGCUCACGGACAUAACUGGGGAAGUGGGCAUGACAAUGCUGACAGUGCUGAGUGUAAAGAUUUCUAUAUCAUGUACCCUACAUCUCAGGAGGGCACUUACUCAAACAAUGUGAUUUUUUCACCCUGCAGUAGAAGAUCAGUGUACAAGGUAUUGGAAACUAAAGGCAUGGAAUGUUUGAAAGAGAAGAACCCUUACUUUGCCUAUUGUGGUAAUGGUCGAUUGGACAGUGGAGAGGAAUGUGACUCUGGUACAAGGUCAGACGCCUGUUGUACCGACAAGUGUCUCCUCACCUCAGGGUCAGACUGUAGUCCUUACAACAAGGCGUGUUGUUCUCAGUGUAAACUGGCCUCAGCUGGAACAGUAUGUCUACAGAAUGUGGAUGACAAUUUUGCCUGUAAGGGUGAUGCCCAGUGCGAUGGGUUCCGGUAUGAUUGUCCACCACCCAGCAAAAAGACGGACAAUACAUCUUGCCAUGAUGCUGGCAAAUGUAUAGAUGGAAAUUGUGUAGGAUUUUGUCAACUAAAAGGCAUGAUUCCUUGUGUGUGUUCACCAGAGAGUGGACUGGCAUGCUACAGAUGCUGUAGACAUAGCAGUGAUUCAAAAUGUAUCAGCUUCACAGAACUGUUGGACGAUGGUCGGACCUGUUACCAAGGAUACUGCCAAGCGGGUGUGUGCAUAAAAAGUCCAUCAAGAAUGAAUAAGUUCUGGAAUGCAUUGACAAGUGAUAUCAUAAGCUCAUUUGAUGUUUUUAUGAGGAACAACAUUGUGUUCUUCAUCACCCUUUUCUCUGCGAUCAUAUGGCUGCCGUCAGUGAUGAUAUUUGAACAUUUUGAAAACAAGAAACAUAAAAUGGACAACUUAUUGGUCAAGAGACAAGUCAACCAAAAAAUGAGGGAGAAGGUGGACAUUCUACCUGAAGAAAAUAUGUCUACAAUUCAGCACAUAGGUAGUCUCUCUGUAUCAGGACUACGAAGCUCCCAUCAUUAUAGAGACACCUCACGCAGAACAUCUAAUCAUAUCCCAGAACCACAGCAAGAGUAUGCGCGACAUUCCUCGACACUGCCCAAGUCAAGCAGCCAGCCACUAUAUACAGACUACCAGAGGGUGAGCACUCUUCCACAGAGUUGGAAACCAGGUGGAUAUGACCGUAAGGCACAGCGGAUCCAGCUAACAGUCAACAAUCUGUCUGAACUGCGACAGCAGACAACAAACGUCUCUCGACAAAACUACAGCCAUCUUCCAGUGACACAACCUCGAAAGUACCCUUCUAAUAUUGAACUGGGGCGAGAGAUGAAUACAUUGCCAUAUACUAUAAGAGAACCUGUAGAUAGGUCUUUAGGAUAUGAUACAGACUACUACAAUAACAAAGCUAGAACUUUACCUCUUCCUGUCAGAGGUAUGAGACAUGACACCCAACACAAGCCAAGUAAUAUUGAUAGAUAUACUUCAGCUACUAAUGAACCAAGCCAUACACAAUAUGGUGGCUAUCCUUCGGUAAACCAACAGCCAUUGACUUUUAUACCUAUGACUCUACGUACCUAUGAAACAAAUGGCAGCCAUGCUCAUAACUCUCGCAUCAUUCAAGAUGACAGGCAGCAUUUUGUUCCAAUAAGUCAUAGAUCUUCUGAUACAGACCAUGAAAGUACGCCUAGAAAUGCACCUCAUUCUUAUUACUACCAUGAAAACCCUUACGAAGAUGCUGCUGAUGUAAGUCGCACUCCGAGAGGAUAUGAUAGUCGAGGAGACCCCAUCAGUUAUGAGCGAUUGCCUAGUAACUAUGGACCUAUGAUGGGUAAUUCUCCCAGGCAACCACCCAGCAAUGAACACCUCCCUGGUAACCAGGGCAACUAUUACAAUGAUAACAGGCAUAUGAACCUGGGAUACGAUGGAGAUUCAAUGACAGAGACGAUGAUUUAGGACAAAUAAAAAAAUGUACUGACUGUAUUUAUAUUGUAAUAAG